CAUUGUUAUUCAGUCACAGCCGAUACAACCUCGCGUUUGCACGUCACAUUAAGAAUUGAGAAUCGGCGUCUUGGCAUCUGAUUAUGAUAAAUACUUAGUAUUAUUUAUGAAUUAAACCUCAAAAGGUUUUUAUUUAUGUAUGUGAGUGAUAUAUUUGUUAAAUAAUUCGCGUUUGAAAUGUUACGAAGAUAAACCUGUGUUUAAUGUUGUCCAGCGUACAGGUCACAAUCAAGUACAAACAUAAGCUACUUCCUUGGGAAAUGUUUUAGAAAUCGUCAGUGCAGUUUUAAGAAGUGGCGGGAUAAUGGCGACUGAUGAAACACGGAGGGAUCCGAAAGCAGAAAAAAUUGAAAUGGAUGUUCAGAAGAAGAACAGCAGUAAUGGGACUAUUAAUCAUGAUCUCUUAGACUAUGAACCGAACGGCUGGUUCGAGGUCACUCUGUCGAAGAUGGGCCACUCCACCGAGGACUUCAUACGGAACAACUUCUCCGCCAUGAAGAUCAUAUCUCUCUUCAUUCUGAACGGACUCGUUAUCGGCUUCUUCUUCGCGUGCAUGUAUUACUGGAUGUAUCACGAUAACAAGCCCUUAGAGCUGUGUAACGGCUUCGGCAGCCUCAUAGCAUUCCUGGGCAUCAUAUAUUUCUUCCUCAUCUAUUUCCAAGUCAUAAAAAGAUUCUUUGGGAAAUGGUUCGAGAGGACUUUGUGGAACAGAAUCAAGAAUAGUUCUUCAAAGUUAUGGAAGAUACGGCUGUUUAAGUGGUGUUUUUGUGCGACAAUCUCGCUAGCUAUAGCCCUCUUCUUGUAUUGGGAUACCAGAGACAAUCCUCAGAGACUUCUGUCACUCCUCGGUCUUUGUGUUUUAUUACUUUUAGGUUUCUUAUUUUCUCUACACCCUGGUCGGAUAAAUUGGCGGAGUGUGACAGUUGGUCUUUUCGUACAAUUUUUAUUUGGCCUAGUGUUCAUACGAUGGGAGGCGGGCAGGAUGGCACUGCAAUGUUUCUCCAACAAGGUGGCAACAUUUUUAUCCUACGGUGUAGAAGGUGCAGCCUUUGUCUUUGGAGACUUCCUUGUUAAACAGGAACAAGUAUUUGCUUUUAACGCCCUCACAGUAAUAUUCUUCUUUAGUAUGCUGGUUGAGGUUUUAUUUUAUUGGGGUGCUAUGCAGUGGUUCUGUCUGAAAUUGGGGGGAGUUCUGCAAGCCGCUACCGCUACCACAGUGUGCGAGAGCACCAUCGCUGUUGGAAACGUCUUCCUUGGUAUGUCUGAGUCAGUUCUACUCAUAAAACCCUACAUUCCCGUACUGACGCCCUCAGAACUCCACGUUGUGAUGUCGUCUGGAUUCGCAACUGUUUCUGGUACGAUACUGGCUGCGUACAUAAAUUUUGGUGCUGAGCCGGCCCACCUGGUGACAGCGAGUGUAAUGUCAGCGCCAGCCGCACUCUGCUUCUCCAAGCUGAUGUAUCCUGAGACGAGACGCUCUCUCACCACCGUAGACAACAUACCACCCGUGGAAAGACAGGAUCAAUCGGCGCUAUCCGCAGCAACCCGUGGCGCAACCAAUGGCAUAUCACUGAUAUUGAAUAUCAUAGCGAAUUUGGUGGCUUUCGUGGCCUUUAUAUCGUUCGUGAAUGGCUUCCUCGGUUACUGCGGCGGAUUGCUUGGCAACCCAGACAUCAACUUGGAAUGGAUACUUGGCAAGAUCUUCAUACCAUUGUGUUGGCUGAUGGGUGUCCCCUGGGAAGAAUGCGAGCUGGUGGGAUCUCUGAUAGGUCUCAAGACUGUCGUCAACGAGUUUGUGGCGUACCAGCGGAUGGGAGAAAUGAAACGAGAGGGACUGCUGUCCCCGCGGUCCGAGCUGAUCGCGACCUACUCCCUGUGUGGCUUCACGAAUCCUUCAUCAGCUGGUAUCAUGAUCGGAGCGAUCUCCGCUAUGGCUCCCAACCAGAGAGAGACACUAUCCAGUUUGGCUCUGAGAGCGUUUUUCGCUGGAUGCGCUAUAUGCUUCAUGACUGCAUGUAUUGGAGGUAUCCUUAUGCCAGAAGAUUCUUUCGUAUGAUAUUAUUGGGUCACAUUUUGUUAAAGAGACAUGUUUUUAACGUGACAUUAUAUAACACGUAACACGGGGGAAAAAGUCAAUAAGAUAUUGAUAUAGACAGAUCAUAUCCAAAUAAAUACAAGUGCCAUCAAAUUCGAAGCUUUUAAUGUUUUCAGUCGAUACUUUUUUCCGCAAUUAUAUAAUUUUUGCGGAUUACUUUCUGGUAACACUUAAUUAUUUCUUAAUUAAUAAGAAUUUGAACUAACAUUUAUAUGACAGAAAUAUUUCGUAUAUAAAACAUGUUCAUUACCAGCGAUCUUGCACUUAGGAGGGACAAUAAAAUAUUAUUACUAAUUUACUUAUGACCUGUAAAAUGAAAAGGUUAAAAAUUGCUAUUAUUUGUUUAUUUGUAUAUGAUUAUG